AGCCGGCCUGUAUCUCUUCUUUCCCCCUCCUCCCCCUCCCUGCAGCUCAGGAUGAGCUCAUCCCUCUCUCGUCCCUCGGAGGGGGGGGGGCCGGGCGGCCGCGGAGCGGAAGUGACGCCAUCAGGUGUCGCUCCGCUGUUGCCGUGUCUUCUUUCUGGUCGGCGCAGCCCGGUUCUUUCUCCUGCCCUUACCUCGCUCCUUCUCCCUGGCACCUGGCUCCUGUCCCGACCUUCCAGCCUUACACCCAUCCAUCCCGCUCUUCUUCCUCCUCCUCCCCCAGUCCCAGCCCUGCUCCGCUGGCCAUGACGGCGCCCGGAGGAGCCGGCGGCGAGUUCGGCAACCCGCUGCGCAAGUUCAAGUUGGUUUUCCUGGGCGAGCAGAGCGUUGGAAAAACAUCCUUGAUCACCAGAUUUAUGUAUGACAGUUUUGACAACACGUACCAGGCAACUAUUGGAAUUGAUUUCCUCUCAAAGACUAUGUAUUUAGAAGAUCGCACGCUAGUUCCAGUUUCUGCUUUACAUAGCUCCCAAGAGGAAGGGCUGCAGGUCCGACUUCAGCUUUGGGACACAGCAGGCCAGGAGCGGUUCCGUAGCCUCAUUCCCAGCUACAUCCGUGACUCAACUAUUGCAGUGGUAGUCUAUGACAUUACAAAUCUGAAUUCCUUCCAGCAAACCUCCAAAUGGAUUGAUGAUGUGCGAACAGAAAGAGGAAGUGAUGUCAUCAUUAUGCUGGUGGGGAAUAAAACUGACCUUGCAGACAAGAGGCAAAUUACUACAGAAGAAGUCGAACAGAGAGCCAAAGAACUGAGUGUGAUGUUCAUUGAGACCAGCGCAAAGACUGGCUAUAAUGUGAAACAGCUCUUCCGCCGUGUGGCUGCUGCCUUACCUGGGAUGGACAGCACUCCAGAGAAAAGCAAAGAUGACAUGAUUGACAUCAAACUAGAGAAACCUCCUGAGCAGCCAGUAACAGAGAGCGGCUGCUCCUGCUAAAGGAUCUGUUGCGUUGCAACCUCUUCCCAACUGCCCAGCCCCAUCUCGCCGAAGAACAUCACUUUUCAUUGACUAGAGAAACUUCGACUUUCCGAGGGCUGAAACCUCAGUCUAAUAAACUAUCGAGCCCCCUGCCCUGCGGACGGCCCCGGCUGCUCCCUCCUACUGCAUGGUGUGAACCCUCAAGUGUGUCCUGUCCCAUGUUGGUUGUUGCACUUUGAGUGCCCUGGCACUCAUCUUCUAGGUUUCCUGUCUCGGGCGUGUUCACCUUUCUGUGUCGUCCUAUGAAUGCAAAGGGGCAGAGCUUUUCUCAAUUUAGGAAAGCAUGGAUAAACCUACAGCAAAGGACCUAGUGGGGCUGGGUCACCCCUUACUUACUUCCUGUUGCUUUUUAUCCAUCCCCUUUCCAGAGGUUGCUCCUUCAGUUUGCCUGCUGUUGCAGCAUAUAUAUGAGGAUGGGGGAAGCAACGGGUGUACUCCACUGCUGACUUCCUGUAGGUUAGCCAUAGCUACCCACUUAAUUCCCCAUUUGAUCUUUGUUCCUCCAUUCCCUGAGAGGUAGUAAAGGGGAGGGGAGAAGGUAGCUCAGAAUAUGGCAUUAGAAAUCUACUUCCAAGUUGUCAUUUAUCUUUACAUAGUGGCUAGGUAUUUUUAAUUGCAGAUUGGCUUACCCUUUUUUUUUCUCAAGCAUGUGGUGCUCACUUAAAUAUGGAUAGGGAAGAUUGGCAGAACCAGACUGAAUAUGCAGAGCCUUAUGUGGGAAGUCUGGCUGCAGCAAAGUGAUGGACUGGGGAUUUAUUCUCAAGGACUAAACAAGGUUUGUUUCUAGGUGAGCUGUAAACUCUACAGUUGCUAGCUAGAUUAAAACAGGGAUUUGCAUACUAGACUUGGCCCAAUGCUGCUAUUUCUAUAAAUGUAUGUGUCAUUUUAAAUAUGCAAAGUACUUUACAGUUAUCUUCAUGGCUCUAUUGCUAUUUUUUACAGAUGACUAUUGGCAGUACACUCUCCCUUCAGGUGAGACAGUGCCUAGCUAUGAGAAAGACCCUUAUCUGAAUUUAUUUUAUUUUAUUUCACUGGGCCGGAGUAGCCGAAAUGUAAGUGGCAUAGCACUUCUCCUUGAAUUGGUCCAAUUUUGGUCUAAUUCUGCCCCCCCCCCCAAAAAAAUCUUGCUAUUGACCAGUUUUCAAACUCCACACAUAUUAGGGCUGUUCCAUUUUUACUUAAUUCACAGUGCAAUAGCCUUUAAAUCUUUUUUUUAUGCUUGGCUUGCUCUGCACAAGAGGCACCUGUGCAUCAUACUUUUCCAGAGGAUAAAAACUUUUGAACUAUAGACCUUUGAACUUACGAUUUAUCACAAAUGCCGCCCCUUUUAUUGGGUGGAAGCCACCCUAACAUGCAGACCUGGGAGACUGCUCGCAGUAAAUGACAUUAAUUGGGUAAUUGUUUCUGAUGGUACUUUGGACCAUUUUGUUUUGGCUUGAGGUUUUGUCCAAAUAAUAAUCCCCAGAUCAUGGUACCCUCCAGAUAUGGGGAUUGCAACUCUAUUGUUCCUGGCCAUUGGCUGAUGGGAGUUGAACAAAAUCUGGAGGGUACCAUGCUCACUACCCUUGCCCUAGUCAUAUGCUUACUCCAAUAGUUCUUCCUGCCAGGCUUGUGUAUGCAAGUGAUAUGGGUCCUUUUUGCUGGAGUUGCUUCUGAACAUAACCUGUGAACACUUCCAUAAACCAAGUUUAUAUUCUUACAAAUGAGUGAGGGAUGGUAAAGAGCAAGAGCAGCAUAUAUUCCAUCCCUAUUUUGCUUUGCUCCCUCCCUCCACGUUCCUAGCUUAAUUGAGUUGCCAGCCCUGUUUUCAGCAGAGCCUCCUGUCCUUGUAAGCUGAGUGAAAUUCAACCGGUACAGCAUUAUCCCUUCAGAUAAUGCUGCAUAAUGGAAAACCUUUAUCUGUUGAAUUUUUUAAGGUUUUUAUUAAAGUAUUUUGUUGCAACAGCAAAAGUACCUGUCAAGUUCUACAUAAAUUGCUCCCCACAAAAGGGAGAAUACCCUUAAUUUCCACUAUCACUUGGGUGGGGCAGGGGGUUGGAUGUGUUUAAUAAUUUCUCCUAAACAUGACUCCUUGGGCAGGGACACCCACUUGCCCUCACAUAACAAAAGAAAACCCAGGUUUUCCACAAGUAUACAGUCUUGUUUCUCCCCUGUAGUUUAUUUUCACUGUGCUGUGCUGCCAUGAUGAUGGUAGUUACCUUUUCUGAGUAUUCAUAGUACUUAAGUCUGGUUCUCAUGCUUGGCAGUCUGAUGUACAUGGUGGAAUGCAAGUUUGCAUGUGCAUCUUAACAGCCCAGGUUGCAUUAUACACCUAAUAAAAAGUGCAGGUUCCCAGGCAGAAGAUCCCAGCCACUAGGUUGCUCCUCUAGCCCUGCUGUCCACUGCAUUGCUUUGAGCUAAGCCGUAAUUUGGCUUAAUGUUAGCAUCUGAAACUAGGCUUGUGGUUUAUCUCUCACAGACGAUCUACAGGUGGGUAAACCAUUGUCUGGACAAAAUAAACCAGUGGCCUGGGCUUGGAUAUAACACAAAGCCAAACCAUGGCUUCAUAGAAUUGUAGGGUUGGAAGGGACCAUGGGGGUCAUCUAGCCUAACCCCCGCAAUACAGGAAUCUUUUGCCCAAAGUGGGGCUUGGACCCAUGAUCUUGAACCCGGAGAUUAAGAGUCUCAUUCUGUAUCAACUGAGCUAUCCCAGCAGCAAGAUUGGAGAAGGAGCAAAGUGGCUAUGAAUCCACACAUUUGCUCAUUUGACUACAGCAGAGGUUGGCUUCCUGUUAUAUGUGAACUGGGUCACUGUCUGCAUCAGUCAAAUGUAUAUUGCCCAGUUUCUGCAAUCUACCAUCUCCUUAUCGACAUAGAAGGAUUGUGGGUAUUGGGCCUCUGUAUGCAUCAUAAUGGACACUUGGCUCCUUGCCCCAUCUUGCAUAUUUAGAGCUUGAUGAGCAUAUGACAUCGCCCUUUGGCCUUGAAGCUAAGGACUCAGCUUGCUAAAGUCUUGAUUUAUUUGUGGAAGAAAAUCAGCACUUACUGCAUCUUGAAAGCUUGGAAUGGCUAAGUGCAUUUAAUUUAUCUGUCAGGCUUUUUUGUGAAACUUAACAGUCCUCAUCUCAAUCUUAUCUGUGACUGGCCACUGAAAGCAAACCUUCUCAGAAUCUGCUACUUCUAUGAUGCUUUGGGUUUCCUCAUCAUUCUCUUAUACCCUUUUAGCUGAGUGCAGGAACCUCUUGCACAGAUUCCACCCCCACCCCCCUCUCCUGCUCCUCCAUAGUCUCUCCAGCAGAAUAGAUAAGCCCGCAACUUUGGCCCCAUCAGUUCUGAAAGCAAAUGGCACUGUAGAGGCCUCUACUCAUCCUGUGUAUAUAUACUCCCUGUUGCGUGGAAAUUGCUGAUGUCCUGUCAGUGUGACUUGUUUCUCUCUCUGCAGUUAAACUGGUGCCACUCUUCCUUUCUCACGGGCAGCCCAGUCCUGUCACUGCUGUUGUUGUGUUCUCUCAAGACACACUAGAAACCUGUGUAUUUUCCAGAGAAUAGGGAUUUUAAAACAAAAUACUUAAAUGUUUUGUGGGGAGGGAUGGGGUUGGUUGGGCAGGCGGGGGGGGGGGGACACACACAAGGUGAACAGCAUAGUUCAUUUUCUGACUGCCUUCUCUGUGGAUGUGUAUAAUAUCUGAGUGUCUGUCUCUGGCUCUGCUGUCUUCUAGCUGUUAGCCAAGCAAGUGACUCUAAAAAUAUGAAUACUGACUGUCAGACUGCAGCUGUGUAUCACACUAAAUAAAGUUAAUUUCACCACAGUC